AUGAAUUAAACUCGCAAAUAGUAGAGUCUCUAGAAGUUAAAAAUUUCCUUCAUAUCUAAUAAGGAAAAGCAGUUUCACUUGAAACUAUAAGAAAAGAAAUAUUCAAAAGCUCUUAAACCAAUAACAUCAUAGCUGAAACCAUAUUCUCUUAAAAAUUUAGAUUUAGCCACAUCAUCAAAGUAAUCAAAAUUUUACAUAUAUAAAUAGUUCUGAAUCAUUAAUGAACGAAUCUUUUGAAGAUAAUAAGAGUUGCUGUUGUUAGGAUUGUGGAGCAGUUAGUAAGAAGAUUAAAAAUUUGUAGAAGAAGUUUAUAAUCUUCUCAACCAAAAUGUCAGUACUUAGAAAACAAAGAUUAUGCAAGAGAUUCUAAAAUGCUGUUUUCUGUAUAAUUUAUUUAUUGGAAAAGUGGAAAAAAAAUAGAUAAUAAGAUAAAACUAAAAGAUUAUUUAGGUUUAAGACUAAGGUUUUUGAAAACUAACCUUUUAUUUUUGGUUAAUAACAUCAUAGUGUUAAUCAAAUCACAUAUAGUAAUUCUUAAAUUCCUGGUGAAGAAAAAGGAUAUCAAAAUUAAUAAGUUUAAUCUAUUUAAGCUUAAAUUAUAGAUUAGAAACAUAAAUAGAGAUAGUCAGUAAGACUCUAUUUACAAAAGAAACUGAAUAACAAAACCGAAUGUUCAGGCACAUUACCAACAAUAGCAUAUUAAAAAUAUCAUUGUUCACUUUCAAAUUAAUUUCUUUAUUAACCUAUGGGAAUUUUGAAAACUUUAGGGGAUGAAUAAAAAUCCCCAAAAAAAAAAGAGUAUAAUUUACUUAAUUAUAAUUCUUCUAUGAUAAAUUCUCCUUACCUCUCUCAGUUAAGUGGAUCAAAGCCAUAAGAAUAAUGCCUUUCUUAAUUAAAAUCCCCUAGAUCUUUUAUUAAGAGUAUAUCAUCAGAGACUUUCUUUCCUUAUAAAUAAAAGAUAUGCAAAUUUAGAAAAAACCUUGUAAAGAAGAUGAAAAAUAUAGUUUGA